GUAGUCGUCCGACUCCUCUAAACUCUGGUGGUUAGAUUGACCGUUGGAAACAACAAAACCACUGCAUCCGUUCGUUGGGAGCAACAUGAUGACCGGCUACGGUUACAACUCAAACUUGGUUCAGCAAGUUCAGCAGCCACAGGUUCUCCAAGGAGUGAACGAAGAAUGGACACAUACUACGGGUCAAUCACAGUACUACCACACGGAUAGUGGUGCCACCGGGUUAUCUAACCCAAUGCUUUACGGGUCUGGCUGGUAUCAACCGCCGAACUACAACAACUACCCGGCGGCGCCGGAGCACAACGUCGUCGACCAACAGCGCAGUCCGCCAGAUGCGAUGGACAAUACACGAGCACUUGCCUAUCAGAACCAAAUGUUUAUGAUGCAAGCUGCGAACCUCGCGCCACCGCCACAACCAAGAGUCUCGUUUUCCGACGAGGAACUGUAUCAGGCGUUGAACAUGUCGCCACUUCCACCGACAGCAACGUUCCAUGCUCUUCAUCAGCAGCAGCAGCAGCAACAGCAGCAUCAAUCCAUGAAGCAGCAGCAUGCUAUGCACUUGCAACAGCAGCCACAAACUGAUUAUCUUUCUUCUGAAGUUUGCUACCCUUCAACGUCCAGCUAUGAACCUUCUGGAUACAACGAGUCUGGGUAUUGCCCGCAAAAUUCUACGAUUCUGCCAGAUGAUCCACAAAACUACCAACAUGGUAACGAUGGUGACGAUGAAGAGUCUUUCGGAGAGCCCGAGAGAUAUGAGCCAAUGUCACCGACGUUCUCGAUUCAUUCGUUUGCACCGACUACGUCAACGAAUACUGCAGAGGCGGAGGAUUUGGAGGUGGAGCUAAUCAACAAUCACAAGCCGACUCCGAGGUAUCAGCUCUCUGAUGACAUUGACAUCUUCCUCCACACCGGCACCACCGACGACACGGAAUACAACGACGACAGUGAUUCGAGGCCAACUACAACGUUCUCCCAUCGAAGUACGAAAGCCCCGACGCCGCCGGCAUCCCGUCCUGCGUACGCGCAAAAGUUCACGGCUGCCGCUCAGAAUCUGAAACCGGAGCAGCAACAGCCGACAACAUCGGACAUCACAUCUCCCAUUUCCAAGACAUCACCACUGUUUUUGCAAACGACGGGUCAGGAUCCUGCUGGAUUUACUCCUCUGCUCACACCAAACUCGGACGCGUUGCUCCAAAAGAAGCUCAGCGAAGUCGUCCACAACCCGCCGCAACGAGCCAUCGGAUUAUCUGCCUUCCCGGCGUUCCCACAGCAACCUCCGCACUUGACGCGUUUCCAAGAGAACCAGCGUUACGAAGGAAAUUUUGUAGAAUAUCAGCCACCACCACCACAACAACAUCAGCAGCAACAGCCACAAGCACCUGAAGGUUUCUAUCCACCAAUUAGUCUGAAUACUAGAUACGAUUACGAUAGUGAUAGGGACAUUCUUCCGCUGCUCCUCGACACAUUCCAACCACUUCCGGCACCACCGCAAAUACCACCUGUGACUGUAUCAGUUCCAGUUUCUGUACCAGAACUUUUGACGUCAACGAAGAAGCCUUCCCAACCUGCAAAAGUCCCAGCUGCUCCAAUCAAGGCUCCCAGACUAUCAGAUCAAGAACUUGAAUCGGAAAGCCAAAAGCUUGCGCUAGACGUCAUCUCCAAUCUUUUCUCCAACAAAAAGGAGAUCAUUGAUCGCGCGGCAGUACUCAGCGCGCCCAAAAAGCCUGUGGCAAGAAACCUGUUUUGCAACGACCCGGAAAGUUUGGAAAAGGCAAAGUCUAGCGAGCCUCUCACAAUGAGUGUCCUAGACGACUGGGAAACUGCCGACGAUGAUGAUUUGACAGUUCGCAUGGAAAACCUUCUGAAGGAUAAGAAAAAAGAAGAGAAAAAAGCGCAAUCAAUGUCAAAAGCUCCACCACCGCCGCAACGAAACUCGGAUUGGGAUACAGCGUUUCUCCAGCAUGUGCUGGAAAUCUAUGGAGUCCCGGACUACAAAAUGCAGGAAGACGUUGUGAAGGCAAUGGAAACAAUUGGAAACGGCGAUUGCAAGGUGAUGUGGAUGGAGCGAAAAGUGGUGUUUGCCGUCUUUGAAAGUGUGAACCGAGCCAAAAAUUGUCUGACUUUGUCGAAACAUGACUGGCUGCGAUUCCGGAGUCUGGCGGAUUCGCCGAAGGUUGUGCAGGAUUCUGCGAAAACCAAUGCAGCUAGUUUGGGAAUUCUAAAAAAAAAGCAGCAAACCACUGCGACAGUCGCCCGCCGGAUGGUUGAAAAUGCACUUGGCAAGAAAGCCACCGUAUCUACGGAAAAGCGACAAGAGGAACGAAAGCAGCUUGCCGCUGCAAAAGCCGCCAAGAAAAACACAAUCCAAUGGGAUUGAGUCCAACAAAUAAUUUCUCAUUUACAAAAUAUCAUUUUCAAAAAAAAAAGCUCACAUUUCAAAAAAAAAAAGAAAGACGUCUCGGAUUUAAAAUUUGUUGCCCCCUCAACCGAACGCUCUCCAUGCCGUUACCGUUCUGAUAACUCAGGUUCGAAACUUCACUCUAAUAAUUUUUUUUCAAUUGUUCCAACGCUUUAGUGCCGAUUAGAGCGUAGUUGCAACCUGAUAGUACCCAGGACAGUACCCUCUAGAUCUUCUUUUUCUCCCACCCACCCAUACCACAUUUUCUCUUUUUUUUUCUAUUCUAAUUUCAAAUCAUCAUUUUUACUCAUUUCUCUUUUUUUUUCUUUUGUCUUUUGUAAUUGCUGUAAGCUCACACUUUUGUGCCCCCUUCACACCAUGUAAAACUCAAAAAAAGCAAAACAUAAUCAUAAAAACUCCACCCGAAGAAAAAAAAAUGUUAAUAGCCCCAAGAAUUGUUGUUUUCCCCCGAAGAAUUUUUUGUUGAGUGAAUUUUGACUAUUGAAAAAUCAAAAAUUAUUCAAUUUUUGCGAUCAGUCAAAAUCUCUCCUUUGUCCCCCACAAACAUUUAACACUAUUUUAUAGUAUGUUCGAAUUUCCCCUCUUGAAAUGUCAAGUGUUGAAAUUGUUCGCACUUUGAAUGUCCCAACAUUUCCCAGCACAUUUUCUUUUAUUGUUUUCAUGGGCUUUCGAUUUGGUCAAUAUUUUCAAAAUAUUCGGCCUUCCCCCUUGCAUUGUUUGGAAAAUUUCUAAACUCAAUGCACCGUUUAUUGGAAUUUAUUCAAAUGCAAAUUGCAUGACAACAGUAAUAUAACGUUCAAAACGAAUAAAAAUUUCAAAAUG